AUGGCAGCCAACAACAGCCAUCUCAUCACCGUCUGCUCACUGCUUCUGCUCUUCGUCCUCCCAUCAAUGGCUGUCCAACCCAAGUACCACCACGCUCCCACAACCCCACAGAAGAAAUCUGACGUCGUGGUCGAAGGAGUCGUCUACUGCCAGAGCUGCAAGUAUGCCGGGUCGUGGUCUUUGACAGGCGCCAAGACAAUCCCAUCAGCUAGAGUUAGCGUGACUUGCAAGAAUUCGCGCCACCAGGUGAGCUUUUACAAGGCCUACCAGGCUGAUAAACACGGCUACUUCUAUGCACAACUCGACGGGUUCAAGUUGAGCCAUGGAGUUUUGGAUCAUCCCCUCCAGGCCUGCACUGUGAAGCUUCUUUCUUCCCCUCUCGCGACCUGCAAUGUGCGUACCAAUCUUAAUUAUGGCAUCGAUGGAGCGAAGCUUCGGUCUGAGGGUAAGGUGUUGAGGUCUCCUCACUAUGAGGCUGUGAUAUAUGCAGCUGGUCCCUUGGCUUUCCGCCCAGAAACAUGCUCAAACCAUCAUGGUUAA